AUGGCAAGCUUGACCAAACUAAAAGCAUGCUUUGUUAUUUUCUGUCUUUCCAUUGGUAUUACUGCUUAUUCUCCUAUAGCAAAAUGGGUUUUUACCCCAAACAAUCUAGUAGAUGGGAAGAUCAAAGACUUAUCUUCUAAUAACAAUGAGCCUUUCCAAACUUCAUGAGGGAGCAUAGCUGAAUCAGAAGUAACUUGUAAAGGUCUUUAUCGUUCCCGUAAUUCUGGCGCUUUCGACUAUGGAAUUGUAAGUGCCAUUACAUCCUCCACAUUAGAGUAUGGGGUAAGUAUUUGAAUGAACUUGCAAGGUGGUAGUGAUGCAAAUCCAACUCCAGUUGGCAUGAUAGAUUCUUCUGGAUACUUUACCUAUUAUGUCAAAAUUAUUUAUGGUGAUCCCACAAAUUAUAAUUUUUGAAGACGUGGUGAUAAGAUAGGAAAGACAGUUCCUAUUUCCCCCCCAGGUAUAUUUUACAUAGGAAAAUGAAUAUUUUUGGUAUUUUAUUUUGUCAAAUCUCUAUCCGUUUGGACUUGGACAAUUAUUUCUCCAGAGUUUUCAACUUUAAUUUUAACUCAUACCAUAUAUCCAGGUAAUGAAAUUCGCAUUGCAUAUCAUAUUAUUGGAUACUAUUAUGAGAUUCAAUUCUUCAAAAAAGCUAGUAUAAACUCGCCUAUUGUUACUUUAUAUGAUAGCUCUGAUGCUACUUAA